AUGUCCGUCCUUUCUUCACACACCCAGUCCUUGUUGGAUUUGCUGGCGAGUAUUACGCACAACUUUAACAGUGAUAAUGCUGUUAUGUUUUUCAGUGACUACGGCGAUGUUCUGCAGUAUGUCUGUGUGCUCUACAUCGUUCUGAUCUUGUUGGGCCCACGCGCAAUGGAGGGCAGAGAGGCAUGCGAGUUGUCAGGAGUGAUUCGGGUGUGGAACUUGCUGCUAGCGGUCUUUUCUAUCGCCGGCAGCGCGUACUGUGUCACGCUGCUCGUGUACAUGUCGGCGUCAAGACCGUUCUACAACGUGGUGUGCCGCUUCGAUUACAGCGUACUGUACGACGGAGCGUUUUCUUUCUGGGUGUUUAGUUUUAUGGUCUCUAAGAUCCCCGAGAUGCUGGACACGGUGUUCCUGUGUCUGCGCAAGAAGCCGAUCACGUUUCUGCAUGCGUACCACCACCUGACCGUCACCAUUUUCUCCUGGAACGGCGGUCGCCACCUCUUGCCGAGCGGGAUCUGGUUCGCCACGAUGAACUACGUCGUGCACUCCUUCAUGUAUUCCUAUUACUUCCUCUGCUCCUGCGGGCUGAAGCGGGUGGUGGCGCCGAUCGCACCCCUCAUCACUGGCCUUCAAAUUGCGCAGAUGGUGUUUGGCUAUGCCAUUUGCCUGUACACUGCUUACCAUAAGUUUGUCAGCCCGUACGGGUGCGAAACGCCGGCGCAGCUGAUUCGUAUGGGACUCUUGAUGUAUGGCAGCUACUUCUUUCUUUUUGUGGGCUUUUUCAUUUCCCGCUACGGCAAGGAGAAGUCAAGGCGCCCACGAAAGACAUCGGCAGAGACGGCGAUCGUAGAAAGGCGCCCGAUCACGUAG